AAGUUCAAACACUCAACAGUUGCUGCAUUUGACGCAUCUUCUUCCUUCUGGCUGUGCAUUGAAGUAAAAAGUUAAAUCAAAUCAUGUGUUAAAAUAAAAUCCAAUAAGCUCUGAUCAAUUCUCUCUUUUUUGCUUUUUCUCUUCCAAUCUUAACAAGACAACAACGUGUGUCAUCCUCUUCUUUCUCUUUACUUACCAGCGCGCACAAACAAUGUCUUCUCGCUCCAUGUUCUUCUUUGCGGUACCAAAAAAAUCUAGGGUUUUACGUCACUACUGAGUUCCUUGUUUUUUCAAGCUACAAAGUCCUUACCAAAUUCUAUUUUCUUUCUUUUUUGUUUCACAUGGAGCUACAACGUUUGGAACAGUUAGAUGGUCAGCCAUUGGAAAGCGUUUCCACUUUGUACCAGACUAGUUUUCAUGCAGAAAUCCAGCUAGACGAAAAGUUUGAGAAUAAUUUAAAGGAAAUCGAGCUAAACUGCGUCGAUCAAUGCGAUCACAUCCAGCAAUUUAACCAUACGCAGCUGGUCAAAGCUCCGGAGGGCGCAGUUGUCCAAGAUACUGACUUGACAGUCAGAGAUGAUGGUGGUGGUAUGGUCGAUGUAGAGGUUAAGUUUGGCACAAUGAGUAAUCGGAAGCGGGGACGGCCUCCCAGAGCUAGUCCGGUCAAACCAAAAAAACUUCGGCCUCCGCCGUCGCAGAGGAGAAAGAAAGACGAGGAGGAUGUUUGCUUUAUUUGCUUCGAUGGUGGUAGUCUGGUCAUAUGUGAUCGCAGGGGAUGUCCUAAAGCGUACCAUCCUUCUUGCAUAAAGCGGGACGAGGCAUUCUUUCGCUCUAGAGCUAAAUGGACCUGCGGGUGGCAUAUCUGUAGUACCUGUCGGAAGGCUUCAUAUUAUGUGUGUUAUACAUGUACCUAUUCUUUAUGCAAGGGAUGCAUUAAGGAUGCUGAUUACUUAUGUGUAAGAGGGAACAAAGGACUUUGCGCAGCAUGCAUGAAAACUAUCAUGAUGAUGGAAGAUACUGCUGCACUGAAUCAGGAAACGGAGCAGGUGGAUUUUGAUGAUAAAACUAGUUGGGAGUAUCUAUUUAAGUUGUAUUGGGUGUGCUUGAAAGAGAAGCUGGAUUUAAAUUUGGAUGAGCUUACUCAAGCUAAAAACCGUUGGAAUGGACCUUCUGUUAACGGUCUUAAGGGCAAAUGCUCUGUUGAAGUUGAUAGAUCCUCGAAGGGUGAAUCCUCUGUUGAUGUUACUGCACCUGCUAUUAAUAAAGACCCUAGUUCAGAAAAUUCUUCUGGGAAUGCAGAAGCAAAUCACUCAAAAAGAAGAAAAACUGAGAAUCUACUGGAGUUUCUUAACAGGCCAGACUCCCCUAAUCCAGAAAAAUUAGGUGGUGAUGAAGGAAUCUCUCCACAUCAGGCCCCAAAAUGGGCAACAGAUAUUCUCUUAGACUUUGUUGCUUUCAUGAAAAAUGGUGAUAUAUCAAAGAUAACCCCACCAGAAGUCCAGGGUCUUCUGCUGGAGUAUGUGAAAAGAAACAAUCUACGUGAUCCUGAUCAGCAUUGUGUAGUUGUUUGUGAUGCAAGACUAUAUGAUUUGUUAGGAAGAGAAAGGUUGGAUCAUGUUCAAAUGCUUGGUAUUGUUGAGACACACAUUUUUUAUCCAAAGAAUUCUCUGGCUUGUCACACAAGUAUAGGAGUUACUGAUGCCUGUGCUAGCCAGAUGGAGAUCGACACUAAAAAUGAAAACCAGUUAAUGUUGGCAAAUGAUAAGAGGCAUAUAACACAUAAAAUGGCUGGGAAGAAAGAAUCUGUAGUUGAUCCUAAUGUAUAUGCAGCUAUUGAUGUGCACAACAUCAACUUGAUAUACCUGAAACGUGGUUUUUCUGAGAACCUUAUUGAUGAGAGUGACAGAUUUCAAGAGAAGGUUGUUGGAUCAAUAGUGCGGGUAAAAAUAGAUGGCACUGAUCCAAAUCAAUAUAUGUAUAGGCUUGUCAGAGUAACUGGUACAGGCAAGACAACUGAACCUUAUGUAAUUGGAGACAGAAAAACUGAUUUAAUGAUUGAAGUUCAAGAUUUGCAAAAGAGUUAUUUGCUCCCAAUUGAUGCGAUUUCAAAUGAGGAGUUCUCUGAGGAUGAAUGCAGACAGUUAUACCAGAGUGUUAAAUGUGGAAUUACAAAACAUUUUACAGUGGGCGAGAUUCUGGAGAGAUCAUUAAAAUUACAUUCACAGAGAAUUGAUGAUUUACUGGAAGAACUAAAACUGCAGCUUAUACAUCUUCGUGAUCAAGCAAGUGAAAAGGGAUGUAAAAGAGAUCUCAGAGAAUGUGUAGAGAAGUUAGAGCUUUUGGACUCUCCUGAUAAUCACAACCGCAGGCUUCUUGGAGUGGUAGUAAUACACAUUGACCCAGACAUGGAUCCGAGUUGUGAAUCUGAAGAUGAUGUUGGAGAGUUUGUUGAGAAGGAAUCAGUUAAUCAUGUGAGGCCAAGAAAUCCUAAAUCAGUUUCUGCGGUUGCUUGUGGAAAAGUUCUACCAUCAAAUUCUGUUGGUAUUGUGCAACCCUCUGUGAUUGAGACGGAGAAGACAUGGUACUAUGAGGACCCUAAUGGAAAGAAUCAGGGGCCAUUUUCCAUUGAGCAGCUGCGUGAAUGGAAUACUAGUGGACAUUUUCUUGUUACUUUGAGAGUAUGGAGGACAGAUCAAAAGCAAGCUAACUCCAUUCUUCUGACUGAUGCUUUGAAGGGGGAAUUUGAUAAGACCAUUGAAAGUCGAAUGAAUAUUCGAAGUUGUGAUCAACAGGGCCAUGCUGAUAAACAGUCCCUCAAUGAGGGCAUUACGGGCCCAUCUUCUGGAGAAAACUGUUUGCUUCCACGCAUUCAUUGUGCUUCAAAUGGCUGGGAUUCAAACACUUCUUUUGUGGCUUUGUUGAAUUCUCAUGAGAAAGCAGAUCAGACACCUCCUGAGAAGUCCCAGCUUGUGAAGGAAAAUUGGGGAUGUGAAAUGCGCCCAGAUGGUGUUGAGAUCAGAUCGGGCCAAGCAUCUGGACUAAAUUCAAGAUCUUCACCGGUAGAUAUAAAUGGCUGGGAUAACACUGGUCUUGUCAAUUUUGUGAAGUCUUUUGAGUUUAUAGAUCAGAAUCAGGAGAUUGACUUCUCUGAUCUACCUGGCCCCAGCCCCAAUCAGAGCUAUGUGCAGGGUGAAGAUUCUGAGAUGAAAAAGCCUAGGUGGAGUACAGCAUCCAGUCCAGUGGUUGGUGGACCAGAGCUACUGGAAGUGGCUGGUGAAUUGAAUGGGUCUUCCCCUUCUCUAGCAAAACCUAUGCUUGAGAACAGGGAAUCUGAUCUUGUGGCGUCAUCUAUUGUAAAACAGAUUAAAGUGCUGAGUGAUCAUGCUACUACACCAACUUCGGUGCCCAGUGACCAUUCCUCUCUGUCCCACCCUGCAACUAAUGCUGCUAGUUGGCAGCCAGAGUCUGUUGCUGAGCUUGAAGAAUUCACAACUUGGUCUGAAGAGUCUGUGUCAGACCUGUUGGCGGAAGUUGAUGAAGCAAUGCGGUCGCUUAAUGGGGUAGCAUCUCCAACUUCACCUUUGCGCUGCUGUGCUCAAAGUGAUUGUUUUAGCCCUCUGAGGGGUUUAAGCUCAAGAGUCGAUGCAGGGAGAAGUGCUUCCUUGAGCUCCGUUAGUGAUGUACAAAUUGUUUCUGAGUCACCUGUGAACCAGGAGCCUAGUCAGGUAUCUCAAGGUGAUGUUGUUGAUCCUCAAAAAAGUUCUGGUGGGCAAUCUUCCACAAUUAAUAAAGUGGACACCCUGGAGGAAGUUACAAAGCCUAGUGAUGAUUCAGUUAAUCAAUGCAAAACAGCUUCAAACUUCUCGCCGCCUUUACCUCCUAUGACAAGUUGGGAGAUGGCUACCUUAGACACCACUUGGAGGCCUGAAACAGAAAUUACAAAUAUCAGUGAGGGAGUGGUGCAGGGAAUUGCAGACUUGGGAUUUAGAGGAUUAUUUCAAGGAAUUAUGAAUGAUGAUUACAGUCAAUGUGGAAAUCUAGGCAUCUGGGGAAGCCAACCUAGGCAUGGUGGCGACAGACUUUCUAGUCCAAGAGACUUUAAUGUUGAUGGCAUGGAUUCAAGUUUUAGUAGCGGCAAGCCAGCUUUUAACGGGCAGGCAGUGUAUGAUGAUGGGAACGGAGGAGGAUCUUUCAGACUAACGCCCAGGUCAGCAGGUUUGUAAAUUUCAUAAAACCAGACUUUACAAAUUGGACAUCCUGUAGUUACUUUCACCUUAGGAUUCAACGGUCAUUUGUGGCAUUUAGUUUUGAAAUUGUAGCUCAUAUUAGGAAAGGUUAUAUCAUUAAUGCACUAAUUUGACCGGUACAAGUAUAUCAGUUAGUGAAGCAGCAGAACACCGAAGUCUAUUUCGGGAAAGUUUUGGAGCUUAAAAGUAGCACAUUCAAAUUGUCAUCACUCCUGAUUGUAAAAAAGGCCUUCUGCUAAAUAUUUAAUUGCUAGAAGUAAUGAGUCUCUUAAUAAUAAGAACUCCUCUCAAUUCCUUGCAUGUUUCAUGGAAUGGAAUGGACAAAAUCCAAUUUUGAGGGGUUUUGUAAUCCAAGGGAGACGGCCUUUUCCUUUCUGUUAGCUCCAAAUGUAAAUCUGCAAGUGUAUCUAGUUUUAUUUGUUCCUCUUCCCACUCCAGAGCUGAAACUGGUGUCUUUAGGUUUGCUUAGUAGCGAGCACAAAUUGUGAUGGGUCGGGUACCAUACAAAGUGAACCCAUCGUGGUUCUGGGUUCAAGUUUGGGAUAUAGAAUACAGUAUUUUAAUUACAAGUAAUUUAUAUUUAUGUAUUUUGUUAGCAUUAUUGAGUUUAUAAGGAUUUUAUUAUUUUAAGUUUUUUGUUUUUUACGUAAAUAAUCUAGUAAUAAAGUUGGAUUGGGGGGGAUCUGUAAUUUGUUCAUUAGAUAUUGUUGAAAUGAAAUUGGUUGUCUUAUAUAUGUAAAUGUAUAUGUCUAUGAUUCAACCUGUUGAGAUAUUAAUCGUCCAAGUGGAGGACUAUAUUGUUAGUGUUGUUGGUUUUAUAAUACAAAGAGUAAAUCACUUUUUUUCA